UGGAGUUUCUUGUGGUCUCCAGCCCGAUGCGAUGCAGCGUGGUCCUUCCUUGCCCUCGUCCGUCCCUUCUCCUCAUCCACAGCCACACCCCCUGCUCUCUAACGACGGGACUCCAUGCUGGCAGUACGUACCUUUAGACUCUGGUUCUAUCUCCUCUCUCCUCUCCUCUCCUCUGCUCUUCUCCUGCUUUUUUGCACUGGCUGCAUUUGCUCUGCGUCCUCUCUGCAUCGUUCUCGCAUACUCCGUACACACACACACACAUACAAUAAACACGCGCAUUACUGGCUGACAGAACAGAUACCUACACGUCUUCUGCGCCUCUGUCUUCCUGCAGAAUCAUCUACCUCGCUAUAAGAACCUCCAUACGGCACAACAUCCGCGCCAUACCUCACGGAUACACGGUAGUCUUUGUUUGAGACCCUCGAUCCAGCCGUUGAGAUCGAAAACACUA